CCGAAAUGGCGGGAAGGAAUCAAAGCCCUAAACCUCAACUAUAAAUGAAGAAACGACAUCUCCCUCUCAAAAUUUCCUGCUGCCUGCCUUAGAAGCCAACAAAAAAAAAUACCCUAUAUUUUCUUGUAUUGGAAAAAAAACUCGGAAAUAUUGUUAAUUAAUUUGGGCUAAAAUGGGAAAGAAAAAGAAAUCUAGGGUUUCACGCGAUGAAGAAGAGGAUGAAGUGGUGCAAGAGGAAGAGAAAAAUCACUCUUCUUCAAAUAAUAAGAGCUUAUAUGAGGUUCUCGGUGUUGAAAAGACAGCCUCUCAGCAAGAGAUUAAGAAGGCAUACUAUAAAUUGGCCUUGAGACUACAUCCUGAUAAAAAUCCUGGUGACGAGGAAGCUAAGGAGAAAUUUCAGCAAUUGCAGAAGGUUAUAUCCAUUCUUGGUGAUGAGGACAAACGGGCACUCUAUGACCAAACUGGCUGCAUUGAUGAUGCUGACCUUGCUGGGGAUGUUGUUCAGGAUUUGAAAGAUUUUUUCAGGGCUAUGUACAAAAAGGUCACUGAGGCUGAUAUUGAAGAGUUUGAAGCAAACUAUAGGGGAUCUGAUUCAGAGAAGAAAGAUUUGAUUGACCUUUAUAAGAAGUGCAAGGGCAAUAUGAAUAAGCUCUUCUGUUCGAUGCUUUGUUCGGAUCCUAAGCUUGAUUCACACCGUUUCAAGGAUAUGCUUGAUGAGGCAAUAGCUGCUGGAGAAUUGAAAGAAACCAAAGCCUACCAGAAAUGGGCAAAGAAAAUUUCUCAAAUCAAGCCACCUACCAGUCCCUUGAGGAGGAAGAGGAAAUCAAAUAAACAGCCAGAGGCAGAUCUAUUUGCAAUUAUAUCUGAGCGCCGAAGUGAGAGGAAAGACCGGUUUGAUUCCAUGUUUUCAUCACUGAUCUCCAAAUAUGGGGGUAAAGCAGAUUCUGAACCUACUGAAGAAGAAUUUGAAGCUGCACAGAGGAAAGUUGAAAGCCAUAAGGCCUCCAGCAAAUCAAGGCGGAAGUGACAUUGCAUCUUACCUAGAUUUUAUUCUAGGAUUGUUUCUCUAAAACUUUGGCUUUGGUGAGAACUCUACAAAAUGCAACUUGUCUUAAUUAUCUAAAAAUGAACAAAUCACCUAAAGAAAGAAACAUGAAAGUUGCCUUUGUUCUAGUCAAAAAAUGACGACAGCAUCAUUUUCAUU